CUCAGGGCUCCCAUCUGCACACGGGCCGGAGACGUUUGUGUUCUCUGUGCCUGUCACUCUUUAACGUUUCACUCUCUCAACCCUGAGUAAGAUUUUGGUUCUUAAGACUGGCGUGGAUGUGCUCUGCUAUCAUCCUGGUACUGUAGAUGGCCAACCCCUCACUGGUAGAGCUAACACUCUCAGGAUUAGUUCCCAGUAGCAGAAGCAGGAGGUUCUGCCUCUGUUGCCGUCAUAAUAGGCUUGCUUCCCACCAGGUGGCUCUUUGCUUUCCUCCUCUGUGCCAUUAUCUAGCUUGGUUCUAACCAAGAAGGGAAUUUAAGAUACAGGACGAAGGCAACCACAUUUCAAAACUAAAAAGUUAACCUUUGCUUCCGUGGAUGUGAAUACUCAAGUAUUGCCUAUGUGCAGUCAAACCCAGCAAGGAUACAACCACUGUUCCCAGUCUGGACUGUGGGGGUUUAUCAGACUUGAGUAGGAAAAGCAGAGAGAAGUGUGUGUGGGUGAUAACUUGGAGUGGAAAAAAUUGAUGUCAAGGACAUUGAAAUGGCAUCUGUUUUCACCCAGGCUAAUUACAUGUGUAAUGAAUGGCUGAUGAACCAUUAUUAAUUUCAAGCAAAUAAUCUACAGUUUGCUCUUGGGAAAAGAACUCUUGUGUAACAGAUAAGUUCCUGUGACAAGCUAAUUCUGAAUCUCUACACACUUCAUUCCUAUAUAAAUGAACAAAUUCUUUGUCUCCUAAAAAUGAUUGUAGGGAGAAAAUGAGAGAUGGAAACAUUUAGGCAAAAACACGAGGUUAUUUUAUGCAUAAACAUCCAUUCUUUAGGGUUCUCAUCCUAUGUGCCAGGGACACAAGCAUUCUUUCUCUUCAUCACCCAUAAUCGGAGCUCCCAGCUGGCAGCCUGGCACUGGUGCCUUUUUCUCAAUGCCAGGGUAAUAACAGUAAUCUGCAGGAAGCUGGCUAUGUAGUAGGCUUAAUUUUGUUCCUAAGAGAAAUCAGCUGCUGAUUUCAUUUAUGUCCCUGUAAGGGAACUCCCUGGCCAUGGGAGCAGAGUAUGGUGGGCUUUUCCAGGGCAGUCUCUAGAACUCAGAAACCAUUUCUCCCCAGUCUUGGUCUCAGGGCCACUGACCCUGAUUCAGUGGUUGCACACAGCCUCCCCUCUGGCCCAGUACUUAGCACAGUUUGCAGCCAGCAACAGCCCAGUGGGACGGAAACACCCACUCAGCAGUUGGCCAAGCCAGGAGGUCAGCACGUGAGCACACAGUGGUGUCUGCUUUCCAGGCCAAGGUGCACAGACGGCUGGAGUGUUAGGGGCCUUUGCCCCGCUCUCCACAUCAGCCUAGAAACAGAAGCUCGCUGCUUAAACAUUGCUGUGGGCAACGUAGAGCCUUGAGCUACUCAGUGUGUCCCUUGCACUCUCCCUCCCAAAAGCACACACCCCACUUAGUCUCAGUUACAGCAUCUGAGACCACAAGGCUCUACAAGGCUCACAGCUGCCCCAGGUCCUGCCUCCCUCCCCUUUCUGGCUUCUGCAAAAUAGCCACUAAGCUGAAGGAGCCCCUGGCAUGGUAGUAGCUGGGAAACCCAAGAGAGAAGUGAAGGAAGCUCAGUGCCUCUCAAGGACAGUGAACACUUGGGCUGCCUGCCUUCUGUCCUCCUCAAGCCCAGAGUCUGCAAAAGACUUGUGGACCACUUUGCGUCCAACUUUAACCCUUCCUGCCCUCCUUUCUGGAAGGCAUUCAGGUGAGGCGAGACCCACUGGUGGGUUCUGUUUCUCAGGCUAGUGGGGUCUUCCUAUCCUUUGGCUGCCCCCAAAGCAGGCCCUCCUCUCACCUUCUAUGUAGUCUUACCUUACGUAAAAGGGCUCACACCCUCCACCUCACUCAAACACAGCGCUGCAGUGGAGCUAGAGUGGGACCAGUGACACGUGACCCAUCACUGCCAGAGGAUAAACCUGCAGAGGAGUUUUGGGGUCCUGGGAGAUCAUGUGGGGGCAAUUCCUACCUUGGAAAAGCAAGCAUGCCUGUGUCUGCUGCUAGGACUGAAUACAGCUUAUUCCAGGGCUAGGGGACAGAAGGGAGUGCAGGGGACUGCUCGCUUGUUCCUUAUCUGGGCUUGCUCUUGGCAGACCUCAAGAUGAGCCCAUUGCAGGGAGGGAGGGGGGUGAGGACCUGGGCAGGAGCCAAGGGAAGAAGCCUGCCAGCACCGUCAGCUGGCAAACCUAAGAGGAAAAGCGGGCCCUGUCUGUGCCCCAUUCCUGUUCCCCACCUGUCUCUCCCCUUUUCCCCCCUUUCCCUGGCCCUGCCAGACUGUCUCCCUGGGUGCCCGCCUUCCCUCCCCUGGAGGGCGGGGCUUGGCUGCACCCACGUGUGUUGGAGUUAUAUGCUCCCAGCCGGCAGGGGAGCUGGGGAGAGUGGCACCCAGCUGGCGGCUCAGGCAGAGAGCAGCACCAUGACCGGCAAGAAAAUCUGCAUUGUAGGCUCUGGCAACUGGGGCUCAGCCAUCGCCAAGAUUGUGGGUGGCAAUGCAGCCCAGCUGGCACACUUUGACCCACGGGUGACCAUGUGGGUGUUUGAGGAAGACAUCGGGGGCAGAAAGCUGACAGAGAUCAUCAACACACAGCACGAGAAUGUCAAAUACCUGCCAGGGCACAAGCUGCCCCCCAAUGUGGUGGCUGUCCCUGAUGUGGUCCAGGCUGCAGCGGAUGCCGACAUCCUGAUCUUUGUGGUGCCCCAUCAGUUCAUCGGCAAGAUCUGCGAUCAGCUCAAGGGCCACCUGAAGUCUGAUGCCAUUGGCGUGUCUCUUAUUAAGGGGGUAGACGAGGGCCCCAAGGGGCUGAAGCUCAUCUCUGAAGUGAUUGGGGAGCGCCUUGGCAUCCCCAUGAGCGUGCUGAUGGGGGCCAACAUUGCCAACGAGGUGGCUGAUGAGAAGUUCUGUGAGACAACCAUUGGUAGCAAGAACAUGGCUCACGGACAGCUUCUGAAAGAGUUGAUGCAGACACCCAAUUUCCGCAUCACGGUGGUGCAGGAGGUGGACACAGUAGAGAUCUGUGGGGCCUUAAAGAAUAUAGUGGCCGUGGGGGCUGGCUUCUGUGACGGCCUGGGCUUUGGCGACAACACCAAGGCGGCUGUGAUCCGACUGGGACUCAUGGAGAUGAUCGCCUUUGCCAAGCUCUUCUGCAGCGGCUCCGUGUCCUCUGCCACCUUCUUGGAGAGCUGCGGUGUUGCCGACCUCAUCACCACCUGCUACGGAGGGCGGAACCGGAAGGUGGCCGAGGCCUUCGCCCGCACAGGAAAGUCCAUUGAGCAGCUGGAGAAAGAGAUGCUGAAUGGACAGAAGCUGCAGGGGCCCCUGACAGCCCGGGAGCUGCACAGUAUCCUCCAGCACAAAGGCAUGGUGGACAAGUUCCCUCUGUUCACAGCUGUAUACAAGAUAUGCUACGAGAACCUGCCAGUGGGGGAAUUCAUCCUCUGCCUGCAGAAUCAUCCAGAACAUGUGUGAGCAGGCCUGAGGCCCAGGCCAGGCAGCCUCUUUAUCAAUGGAGACAGGCAGAAGCUUGGGGUGCCUGGCCACCAGGAGCUCCGGGACUCCCCACAGAGCAGCGUCUUCUUAGCUUUUCACUGAGUGACAGGAGGCUGAGGGCCCGGGUUCCUGCCUGGAGAUCCUGAAGCAGCCCACAACCUCUUGGCCAUCACAUCUCACCGGAAAUGGAGUUGCCUAGUCCCUCUCCAAAUGGGGAGCUUUCUCCCUAUCCUGUGAGAGGGGCAGAAUCAGCCCCAGAGUGGCCUGCUUUGGGCCUGUGAGGGGAGGAGGGGAGGGAAAGGGAGGUAAGGUAAGGGCUGCUUCGUGCUGCCUCACAUAGACCAGAAUUCUUGUCCCCAUGCCUCAGCUACAAGAGGGAUGAGGCAAGGGCUGCAGGGAGGGGUCUGGGCUUUUGAGCUGACAUGGCCCCAGGGACCCCUUUGCUCUGACCUCUGCCAGGCCCCACAGGGCAUCAAUGGAUCUCUCAGUGUUUGUUCAUAAAAUACAAAGAUCUCAAACAAC